UGGCAGCAGUGUUACAAUCUGUUUUUCGAGCAAUCAGAGUUGCAGAAAUCUUCACCAUUACAGAGAAUAGCAACAAAGAUACAUUCGACCAUAUGCCAUUUAAAGUGAAACCAGUUUUAAAUAUUUUAUUGGAGAGAGACUUUAAAAUCAAGUGACAAUUGAACGAGGUGUAUAGUGGCGACUAGUAUUAUAGAAUGUCUGCAGGCGACGAGAGUAUCUAGUACGUGGUUUCAUGUUAAUAAACUGACGCCACAUUGUUUUUAUCAACCAUCCAGUACGCCGCUGAUUACGCGAUUUCUCUAGAGAGACGUAAUUCCUGCCAUGGCUACAUCUCUAUUGGGACUGUAUUAUCCGAUAACAAGGAGACGUAAAACAAGCAUAUAAGGACGUUAUUAUUAAACAUAAACAGGCGCACUUUUAUCAUUAACCCUUCGGUAGAGCAACAGGUAUUGAUCGCAGUGUAACGAAUUCUUUAUUAUCACAGAAGCGUGAAGCAGUCUUGAAAAGUAUAGUCUUACUGCACAAACAAGCACGUAAUACUGUAUUGCAGCUAUGAAGCCAAAGUGUAAAGCCACAUAUUUCUUUUUUUGUUUCCAUCCGAGAUUUGACACUGGUACAUGGAGCAUAGCGGCGUCAUUUGCUUGUGCGGUGAUAUUCGCCGCCAUGUUUGUUCUUUCUUUGUCCUACAGCGCCCCAAAAUGCCUGUGUCCACAAAUUUGGGAACAUGUUGACAUACUACCGACAGUUUAUAAAGUGCUGUACGUCUUCGUUCUGCUUUAUUUUGGCGCACUGCUCAUCGCGUCACUUCUAGCCAUAUACGGAACAUUUAACGCACAAUUCAGGAAAUUACCACCAUUUCUUGUCCUAAUGAUUUUCACCGAGCUUGCGACGAUCGGCGGAUCCAUUUAUGUAUUCGUGCAGCUUGCAAAUAUCGACCAGUACCUCUUGUUCGACAACGACACCUACUGGAACAUGGCAAAAAUGGUUCUCAAAGAAGACUUGGUAACCAAUUUAGAGCAGAUGAUGACAACAGUUUCAAUCUUGCUGAAAAACUUCCUUAACCUUGACAUGGGCGAAAGUCUCAACUUGGACAUGCUGAUGGACGCUGCGUUAAAAGACGGUGUUUUGGUGGUGCUCGGUGGAAUGAAACGAAUGAUGAAGUUCUCUGCCAUUCUCAUGCUUAUUGGCAUCAACUUUUUCUUUAUCACGUCCAUUUUAGUCGUUGCGUCACACUACCGAAGAUUAAAAGAAGGAAUUCUCAGAACUUACUCUGGCGUACCCGGCCUGGUAAUACACAAAGCCGUUUUAUCAAACUCGGCAAGAAGCACUGCAUCAGACUCUUUAAGCGACGACUGCUCCGGCACUCCAUUAAAACAAAUGAAACGAAUGAGGUCGAGCGACUACAGCAGCUCGCCCCGAAGCACAAAACGUCUUUACAAUCAUUCCAAUAUGGACGUUGAAAAGAAGUUUCCCAAAGGCGAUUUUCUCUAACCUUUCGGGUUAGACUUUAGUUAUUCAAAUACGCGGGCGGCAAACUCCGGCACUGGUCCGCUUCGUUUCAUAGUUAAAGGGUACAGUGCCUUACAUAACGUUAUCCACCGUCAUAUUCGGCCAAUCUGUCGAUCAAACCAACACAAAUGAUCAAGAUGAGGUAUUGCUUCAUAAUACUUGAGCUGUACACCUAUUUGUUUGGCACACAACUGUUGUUGUGAUUUUCGGCUACACAGUCCACGUCGAUAAUAAUAUCUUAAGUUUCCUGUAAUAGCGAAAUUGGAGGUGGCUAUUAUAGCGACACAAGCUACUCGUUUUCUUUUGUAUAUAGCCCAAGGCGAUUGGAGCACUUGGAUUUCUCUUUUUUGGUUUUGGUUGCGAGUUCACUUCCAUGGUUGAAUCUCGUGCUUUUUAUUUAUGUUCUAUUUUUACAUCGUCAAAAUUCCGCAUCGUUUCAGUUAAUUUCGCAAACUCGUCUUCCGCUUAAAACCGUUGCAAUAUAAAGCUGAACAAUCCUGUUCUUGCACGUAAUUUCCCACAUACUUUUUAAGCAUGUUUUUUUUUCAAAAUGGCUAAUCUUAAAUUCAUAUCUCUUCCACUCAUUACAGAAAGUAUUUUCUGCAUGUGCAACUUGUUUUUUUCUACCAGUAUCAUCAGUGUUCUUUCUAUAUACUCGUCUUCCGAAAGUCGUAUGCAAAAGUUUACACACUUUUAUUAACGAAUUCGAGUUACACGUUUAGGACGGAGUAGUACAAUAGCUCAUUGCUUAGCGUCUGUAAGUUAGAAUUAAAUAUAACGCUGUGCCAAACGAAACAUUGUGAACAGUUGCUGUCUAAUUCGAACGAAUUGUACCCCCAUUCACAAGAGCAAACAAUUUCCCCCGCGUCGCUUUAUUUUGCUUGACCCUUAUUGUGCCUUUGUGCAUACAUGCACUUCUUAUUUUCGUGCUUUUUGAUUUUUUUGUGAUGUAGACGUUUAUGCUUCAUUCAGAUUCACGGACAACGGAUAAUUCUAGCGAACAAUAAAUUUCUCCCCUGUUGUAUUUAAA